UAUAUUUUUUAGCAAUGAUAUAAUAGAUGUUACACCCAAAAAUGUAAAUAUUCCAAGAAUAAAGCAACAAACAACAACAACUACUGCCUAUGAAGAUUUUAAAAUACCCGCAAAUUUUCGCCGUCCUUCCCAAUCUGUGGAUAGUCGUCCUUCUACAACGACAACAACAACAAUAAAUACAGCAGGAAUACCUGGACUAUUGGGCUUCCUUCCAGCUGAAAUGAAAAAGAAAUGUGCAGAAUUGAGAGAACUUGAUUGUCAAUAUCAAGGGCAACAACAAUCUACUAAUAGUCCUAAUACACAUUUAAAUGGCAAUGAUAUAAUAGAUGUUACACCCAAAAAUGUAAAUAUUCCAAGAAUAAAGCAACAAACAACAACAACUACUGCCUAUGAAGAUUUUAAAAUACCCGCAAAUUUUGUAAGAAAUUUUUAA